GCUUUGCAUGGACCCGUGGCGUGGAAGCUGGGACUCCCUCGCGCUUGCCCUCCGGCCCUCCGGACAGAGCCCCGCCCUCCUGCGUGGGCGGGGCCCGGGUGCUCCAGCUGGGACCCCCUCCUCCUCGCCCCGCCCCGCCCCGCGCCCGCUCAGUGGCUCGCACCUGUGGAUCCUCACUGCCACACCCAGGGAUCCAGGACUAGAGGCACCCUGUGGCCGGGGCUGGGGCCCGCCUUCUGCCCUGCCCUUCGGGACGCAGGCAGGGGGCCUCGUGGGAGCUACACUGGAGGGGUCGCGAGCGGGUGCGACCUGGCACUCCGCAGCGCGCGCCGGGUAGGGGCGCUGCGCAGGGAGCACCCCGCACCUGCCGCUGACCUAUGCGUCUCCACCGGCGCCCCGGCCCGCAGUCCUCCGCGGGCAUGGAGCCUUUCCUUAGGAAGCGCCUGGCGUUUCUGUCCUUCUUUUGGGACAAGAUCUGGCCGGCGGAGGAGCCAGAGGACGACGGCCCGGUGCCGCGGGGCUCUGACGCGGAGCCCGCGCCCGAGCGCCCCGCCGAGCCCCGCAGUCCUCCGGCACCGCGCGCUCAGAUCUUCCGCGCGCUCUACGACUUCACCGCGCGCUGCGCCGCCGAGCUGAGCGUCAGCCGCGGGGACCGGCUCUUCGCGCUCAGGGAAGAAGGCGACUACAUCCUCGCCCGCAGGCUCUCCGGGCCCCCCAGCGCCGGCCUGGUACCCAUCACCUACGUGGCCAAGGCUGCCCCGGAGACGCUCGCAGACCAGCCCUGGUACUUCAGUGGGAUCAACCGGACCCAGGCCCAGCAACUGCUCCUGUCCCCUGCCAAUGCACCAGGGGCCUUCCUUAUCCGGCCCAGCGAGAGCAGCCUUGGGAGCUACUCACUCUCAGUCCGAGCCCAGGCUAAAGUCUGCCACUAUCGAAUCUGUACAGCGCCCGGCGGCAGCCUCUACCUGCAGGAGGGCCAGCUCUUUCCCAGCCUGGAGGAGCUGCUCGCCUAUUAUAAGGCCAACUGGAAGCGGAUCCAGAGCCCCCUGCUGCAGCCCUGCAGGCCUCAGAAGCCCCUGGCGCAGGACAAGUGGGAGCGGCCACGCUCAGAAUUUGUCCUUCGGAGGAAGCUGGGAGAAGGCUACUUUGGGGAGGUGUGGGAAGGCGUGUGGCUGGGCUCUGUGCCCGUGGCAGUCAAGGUCAUCAAGUCAGCUGACAUGAAACUGGCCGACCUCGCCAAGGAGAUCGAGGCUCUGCAGAGCCUGCGGCACGAGCGGCUCAUCCGGCUGCACGCGGUGUGCUCCGUGGGGGAGCCUGUGUACAUCGUCACUGAGCUCAUGCGCAAGGGCAACCUGCAGGCUUACCUGGGCAGCCCCGAGGGCCAGGGACUGAGCUUGCCUGUCCUGCUGAGCUUCACCUGCCAGGUGGCCGAGGCCAUGAGCUACCUGGAGGAGCAGCAUGUUGUCCACCGGGACCUGGCUGCCAGGAAUGUGCUCGUGGGCGACGACCUCACCUGCAAGGUGGCCGACUUUGGCCUGGCCCGGCUACUGAAGGAUGACAUCUACUCCCCAAGCAGCAGCUCCAAGAUCCCUGUCAAGUGGACGGCCCCUGAGGCAGCCAAUUACCGCAUCUUCUCACAGAAGUCUGAUGUCUGGUCCUUCGGCAUCCUGCUGUUCGAGGUCUUCACCUAUGGCCAGUGUCCCUACGAAGGAAUGACCAACCAUGAGACACUGCAGCAGCUCAGCCGUGGGUACCGGCUGCCCCGCCCAGCAGCCUGCCCGGUGGAAGUGUACAUGCUUAUGUUGGAGUGCUGGAAGAGCAGACCUGAGGAGCGGCCUACCUUUGCCAUGCUGCAGGAGAAGCUGGACACUGUCCACAGGCGCCUGCACUUGGGCCUCACGUGACUGGGGCUCUGGGCCAGGGUUGUGCGGAGCCUGCUGCUCUGGUCGGGCAUCUCCUAGGACAGCGCUUGUCAGUAUCACAUCCCAGGGAGGCCACAUGGCCAGGACCCUACAGCCUUUGUACAUCUGGCCAAGGGCCUCCUGCACUGACAUGGCCCCCCAGAUGGCAGAAGGGCUGAGGUCCUUGGCCCUGUGUGGCUGGUGUUCCUGGCAUUUUCAGAAGAAGGGAGAAAGCCCAGAAGUGGAGUUCGUGGAAGCACUGGAGGAGAAGGCCCUGAGCCCAGUGGCUGCCCCCUCUCUUCCCCUGAGCUUCCCUGACUCCCUCGCUGGGCCAGAGGAGAGGCCUGAGUUCCCACAUGUCACCAUGUGCUGCAUCUCAAAGCAGACACAUCAGCAUAUGCUGUGCACAGCUGGGGACAGGCUGUGCCCCCCUGCACUGCAAAUGUGGGCACAUGUGGGCAACAUUCAAUAAGUAUAAUCCACUCAGCCAUGGGCACAGCCAUGCCACACACACAGCAGCUCCCUCCACCCAGAGCUAGGUGCUAGGGGUGAAGAGGUCUGUCACAGCUCGCAGAAGUAGGAGAGAGAGGGAGCUGGACCCCAUCCAGUCUCAGGAUCCGGCAGAGGCAUGAGCCUCUCUGGGCUUGGCUGGAGCCUGCAGGCUGGGACUGGAGCAGGCAGCUCCGUCAGGCCACAGGAGGGGCAGGCUGGUGGCCAGCAGCUGCACUCAGCCAUUUCCAGGGGAGGACCUGCAUCUCCAAGUUGGUUCUCAAGUGGGCGCUAGUUGAGAGGUGGUUUCCUGGAUGGCAGGUUAGUGGGCAGUGCAUGCAGAAUACAGUGGUACGCUGACAAGUAGGUGACAAGUGACUCUCUGGUCAGAAAAAAGCCCCAGAUGGGGUUGGACCUUGAGGAUGGCACUUUAUGGCUCCAUGUUGCUGACUUGACCCUGGAAGCUGCAGUGGUGGGGUGAGGGUUGGAGAGGGGACUGGGGCCUGAGAACACUGGCCACCUCUGUGACUGCUGUUGUGGGGUUCAUGGCUUGGUGCCGCUCAGGCGGUGGGCAUGUGGCAGGAAGCUGGUCAUGGGGUGCCCCAGAGACCCAGGAAGGAGGUGGACCUAGAGUCUUGGAGGGGCACCAGCCCUGCGCGAGAUGGGGACACAGUGGUGUGGUCUGCGCCUCUGGAGGUUUCAUGUCCCCGCUUGUUCCUCUCCCUCAGACUCUGCCUGCCUCUCCUGGGUGCCCUGAGGCAGGCGGGUCUCCCCUGCUGUAUCCUUCUUCGCCCAGAUGUUUUCCCUUUGAAGUCGACCAGCCAUGGAAAGAAACUAAAACUGUGAGCUGAAAUACAUCUUCCUUCUUCUGA